AUGUUAUUAGAAAAUAAGUCUAAAUACUGUUUGUUGAUAUAUAAAAUUAUCUAUCUAUCUAUCUAUCUAUCUAUCUAUCUAUCUAUCUAUCUAUCUAUCACAGUUCUGUUUCUAUCUAUCUAUCUAUCUAUCUAUCUAUCUAUCUAUCUAUCUAUCUAUCUAUCUAUCUAUCUAAAUAUAUUCCUACCUUAUUUUUAUAGACAUUGCUUUUUAGUCACCAAAAUAGGACAACAUCCUAUUGAAGUUGUCUUUCAUUCCUCCUCCCCAACUAGCAAUGUUGUCAGAUUUGACAUUGGCCAUUCCAUUGUGUCACUCGACUUCCGCCUCUGCCUUCAUCUCUUUUCUUUCUUUCUUUCUUUCUUUCUUUCUUUCUUUCUUUCUUUCUUUCUUUCACAUUCAGACAGGUCUCCUUCCUAUCUAUCUAUCUAUCUAUCUAUCUAUCUAUCUAUCUAUCUAUCUAUCUAUCUAUCUAGUGACUGUAUCGUUUUGCUAUCAGAAUCGGUUGGCCGAUUACAUUUGUUAUUGCUGCUUCGAAGCAAUGUUUACAUUAUAUUACUGGAUGUGUUGGGGCGUGCAGUGCAAUAUUGGAUUUAA